CCGCCUUCACAUCAACACUCAACUUGGCAGACCAGACCAGACCACCACUCUCCCGCCACUGAACCUCCCCCUGACAUCACGAACGACAUCGAUCCACCGCCGCGCAUCCACACAACCGCAACGAUGGUGCUCGAGGCGACGAUGAUAGUCGUCGACAACAGCGAGAGCAGCAGAAACGGAGACUAUGUGCCGUCACGGUGGGAAGCGCAGGUUGAUGCCGCCAACCUCAUCUUCCACUCCAAGACACAGGCGAAUCCCGAAUCGUCAGUCGGUCUCAUGAGCAUGGGCGGCAAUGGGCCUGAGGUGCUCACUACCCUCACCACAAACCCGGGCAAAGUGCUCGAUGGCCUGCACCGGACACGCGUGAAGGGCGAGUCGCACCUCUACACCGGAAUCAUGAUUGCUUCGCUUGCCCUCAAACAUCGUCAGAACAAAUCGCAGCGCCAACGAAUCAUCGUCUUCACGUGCUCGCCCAUCGCCGACUCCUCGAGCACCUUGACCAAACUCGCGAAGCGCAUGAAGAAGAAUAACACCAGCGUUGACAUUAUUGCCUUUGGCGACCUGACAGACGAGAACCUUGAUAAGCUACGCGCAUUCAAUGAGGCGGUCAAGUCCAACGACGGCUCACAUCUGGAAAUUGUGCCCCCGGGACCCAAUCUUUUAUCGGACACGAUAGUAGCAUCGCCGCUUCUAGCAGGCGAGGGUGGCGGUGCUGCAGCAAAUGCAGGUGGAGCAGGCGGUGAUGCCGGAGGUGGCAACGAUUACGAAUUUGGUGUUGAUCCAAACCUUGAUCCGGAACUGGCACUUGUGUUGCGCAUGAGUAUGGAGGAGGAGAAGGAGCGACAAGAGCGUGACAAGAAGGCUCGAGAGGAAGCCGAGGGCAAGACAAAUCUCGAGAGUGUGCCGGAAGAGCAACCUUUAUUGGACAGCAGCGGUGAGCCGAGUGGAUCAGGCAGCGCGAAGAAGGACGACAAGAAAGAUGAUGAUAAGAUGGAUACGGCAUGAGCAUCAUAUUCAGUUGUGCCAGAAGAGAGAGCACUAGAAUCUGUAAUAUACCAUCACAAAUGCGAGGCAUAGUAUGUCGGAGCAUGCAGCUUAAAGACUUGACCCUGAAAUGUUCACUGUUAUAG